AUGUCUCUCUCGAGCGCCUUCCUCGGGAGCGCAGCAGCUGCUGCUGCGGGAGGCGCUUUGCUGCUGGCCCCCGGAGCAGCAGCAGCCCCCUCGGGGGCCCCCUCGGGGGCCCCCGAGAGGCCCACCGAGGGUUUGCUGCAGCAGCUGACUGAAGCUGGGCUCAAACCCGAAUUUGUUGCUCCCCCAGGCACUGCAGCAGAUGAAGAGAAGCUGCACGCUCUUGCUGCAGCAGCAGAAGCUGCUGCUGCAGCACAGGAGCCGCAGGCGAAGGUACCCAAACUGGAAGACGGAGCGGCAGCAGCAACAGCAGCAGAUGGCCCCGACGGCAGCAGCCAGAGAAGCAGCAUAAGCCGCAGAAGCGUCAGCAGCACCAGCAGCGUGCACAGCUGGAGCGGCGGCAGCAGCAGCAGCAGACACAGCAGCAGCUCAGCUGACUGGAGCGGCAGCGGUGAGGCCAGCAGAGUGACAAGGGCCUCUAGACCGGGAACUGCUGCUACUUCUGUUGAGUGGUGGCUGCAGCAGGGGCCUUCUGCUGCUGCUGCACAGCAGCAGCAAGCAGCUGCGGGGCAGCGAGAAGUCAAGCCGGAGCAGCAGGAUGAUCGGCAGGAGCUGCUGCUGCAGCUGGAGAGCAUGCAGCAGCUGCAGCGGGUGCGGAAGCUGCAGCGGCAAAACACUGUCAAGCAGGCGCUGCGGCUGCAGCGGGAAAUGCUGUCGCAGCACGUGGCUUCGAUGCAGCAGCAGCAGCAGAUGCAGCAGUUACAGCACAUGCAGCAAGUGCAGCAAAUGCAGCAAAUGCAGCAAAUGCAGAUGGGGCAAACCCGGCUUGGGGGCCCCCCUCCCGGAUUUCCCAUGGGGCCCAGAGAACCCGGCCUGCAGCAGCUGCAGCAGCUGCAGCAGCUGCAGCAGCUGCAGCAGCUGCAGCAGCUGCAGCAGAUGCAGCAGAUGCAGCGGAUGCAGAGAGGGCCACCACCUUCGGAGAUCGCGGACGCGCAGCGGGUGCACGAGAAGCAGCGGGGUGAUGCCCGGAAGGCGAGAGACGCAGCAGCAGCAGGAGGCACUAAACAGCGGCCGUCAGAGUCGGAGCAGCAGCAGCAGCAGCAGCGCGGGAGUUCACGGGAACGGCGCGCCGACCGGGAUUCGCUGCAUCAACAGCGGCAACGACAGAGCGCCGCGCUGCAGCAGAUGCAGCAGGCGAAGGAUCAAACAGCCAUAGUGCAGCUAAUGCAGCUGCAGCAGCUGCAGCAGCUUCAGCUGCAGCAGCUGCAGCAGCUCCUGCAGCAACAGCAGCAGCAGCAGCAGCAGCUGAUGCAGCAGUUAAGGAGCCAGUCGGCAAUGAAUUCCGCUGAGCAGUCCCUGAGACAACUCCAGGAUUUGCAGCACAUGCAUCUGCAGCAGCUGCAGCAGCUGCAGAUGCAGCAGCUGCAGCAGCUGCAGCUGCAGCAGGUGCAGCAGCUGAAGGCCAUGCGCUCCUCUAGCUCGCUGGCCUCUCCCUGGUCGCCUACGCAGCAGCAGCUGCCGCUGCCCCCGCCGAUGCUUCCCGAAGCAAUGCUUGCAGGUCCCGGCCCGUUUGCCCAGGCACAGCAGCCGCAGCAGCAGCAGCAGGGGCUGCAGCAGCAACAGCAGCGAAAGCGCACGCGCGACGGGCGGCCAGUCCCCAUCUUGCCUUCCUCCUUCCCCCCUAUUACUUCGAUAACUGUGCAGAGGCCGAUGAUGCCGGUGAUGCCGAUGUUUCCGAUGGAGCUGCUGCCUCCCCCCGCUGCUGCUGCUGCUGCUGCUGCUGGUCAAAAGCCGCUGGAGCAUGGCUCAGACGGAACAGCCGGCAGGUUCCCGCUGCUGUCGACACUACUGUCGAAUGGAGAAGAUGCAGCAUCAAAACUUUCUUGGCGAGAUGCCUAUGGGAGCUCGAGUCCCGCAGAGUUGGAGGAGAAGCCAGAAGUAGCAGCAGAAGGAGCAGCAGAAGGAGCAGCAGGAGGAGCAGCAGGAGGAGCAGUAGAAGGAGCAGCAGAAGGAGCAGCAGAAGGAGCAGCAGAAGGAGCAACAGAAGGAGCAGCAGUAGCAAAAGUGGAGGCAGAGGAGGGCAGCAGCGUCGCCGUGAAGCCCCAGGGGCCCCCCGGCGCAGUAGCAGCUGCUGCUGUUGCACUGAUGCAAGCAGCAGUACAAGCGCAGGAAGCAAGAGAAAGGCAAGGGUUGUCAUCUCGUGCCCUGGACCUUUCAGUAAGGAAGCCGGAGGAAGCUGGGGCCAUGCAAUACCUGGGUGCAUCAGCAGCAGCAGCACAAGCAGCAGUGGAUGAGGAGCGUCUUGCUGCGGAACUUGCUGGUGUUGACGCGGGCGACGAGGACAGCGAGGAAGAAGACGACGGCGCUUUAGAAAUUGUAGAUGAGUCGGACGACGAGUUGGAAGAAGCAGCAGCAGCAGCAGCAGCGGAGGCGGAGGCCGCCGCAGCAGCGGCGGAAGCAGCAGAAGCAGCAGCAGCAGCAGACGCCGAAGACGAUUCCUCGGAGAAGCAGACAGAUGGGGAAGACAGCGUGGAGGCGGACGACGACGUAAUACCUCUGCCGGGCCCCUCGGACGCGCCCCCCUCCUCAGCAGCAGCAGCAGCAGGGGGGCCCCUGCGCAGCGAAGAAGGCGCGGAAGGAGCGCCCGGCGUGAAGGCCCCCCCCUUGUUCGCGGGGGUCUACGCGCACCCCUUCUGCAGACUCCCGCUGGUGGACAGAAGCAAAAUCUUGAGGGGCUUUGACCCCACAAGGGCCUUGGCCAGAGUCGAGCAAGCCCCACAAGCAGCACCUUUGCUGCGGCAGGCGCACCAGCUGCUGUCGAAGCUGUUUCUGAGCCCGCAGGAGCUGCUGUGGCUGACGGGCGUGGCGGAGGGGCUGGUGGCCUGUUUGCUGCGGCACCACCAGUCGGACUUGGGGAAGCUGAAGGGCAGCAGAAGAGUCGAGCAAAUGGGACUUCGGUUUUUGAUGUUCGACGCAAUUGUGAGCACUUUUAUUCUGCUGGGCGAGCGCCCCGAGGGCGAGUGGUGGGCGCGGCUCACUGUACAUACACCCCACGCCCCCCCGCCCCUCGGGCUGCUGCCCCCCAAAACCGAAAAGGCGCAUGCAAAUGCUGCGCUGCUGCAGCGGCUGAGUCGCGCGCUGCAGCAGCUGAAGCAGGGGAGGAGAAAUGCACAUUUGGAAACUUAUAAACUCAAGUUCCUCCUCUUCUGCGCAGACAGCGGCUUCCGCAUGUUCCGCAGAAAGGUCUACUCCAUCUUCACCAAAGACUGCGCGGAAUUCGCCUGGUGGCACUGA